AUGGCGUACGAUGAUUUUCUUGGAAUGGUGUAUGAGGAUUUUGGUUUGGAAAGAAAGAGUGUUGAAUUGCAACUAUCAUAUAAACUUUCAAGGAAGAAGGCGGCAGAUUCGUUGCCAGAAGACACUCCACCGGUGUUUGUUUGUAAUGGGCGACAGUUGGAAGGAUUUAUACGACAGUGCAAAGCAGAAGCUGUGCGACGGAUGUGUGUUCAGAUCGAAGGAAAAGGGCUAAAAGAAGAUCUUAUGGAAGUAAAGGAGGAGUCAAGGCCUAAUUUGUAUGUUGUGCAAUGUUGGGUUUCCGGUUGUAAAUGGAGGAUGCGAGCUUCUACCAUUGCUAGUGUAGUGCCAGUUCAUGUGGCAGAGGCGUUAAAUCUUCGUUAUGGACUUAAGGUUGACUAUUGGAAAGGGCAUCGUACACUUAAGCGCGCCAGAGAAUUAGUGAGGGGAAGCUAUGAAAAUGGAUAUGCAGAAUUACCAGCUUAUUUAUAUAGGAUUAGGAGAUCAAAUCCGGGGACAAUGACUAGGUUAAAAGUGGAUGAAAAUGAUAGGUUCAAAUCUGUUUUCAUUGCCUUUGGUGCAAGCAUAGAUGGGUUUAAGUUUAUGCGUAAAGUCAUAGUUGUUGAUGGAACAUUUUUGAAGGGGAAAUAUUUGGGAACGUUAUUAUUAGCGAAAACCCAAGAUGGCAACUAUAACAUUUUUCCAUUAGCUUUUGCCAUUGUAGAUACUGAGAACGAUGAGUCUUGGGACUGGUUUUUUACACAACUAUCUUGUGUAAUUCCUGAUGAUGAGGGAAUUGUCAUUAUAUCGGAUAGUCAUAAAUCAAUUGGGAAAGCGGUAGACAUAAAUUAUCCACUAGCAAACCGAGGGAUUUGCACCUACCAUCUCCACAAAAAUAUAAUGCUUAGAUUCAGAGGUAGUGAAACGUUUGGGUUGGUGAAAAAGGCAGCAACUGCGUAUAGGCUAUCCGAUUUCAAUGUUUUAUUAGGACAGAUAGAAGAAAUGAAUCCAGAACUAUAUGCCUAUUUGCAGCGUGCUGAUGUGAGUAAGUGGUCCCGAGUUCACUUCCCUGGUGAUAGAUAUAACAUUACAACGACGAACAUUGCAGAAUCCCUGAAUAAAGUCUUAAGACCAGCAAGAUCGUUUCCUAUUGCUCAACUGCUAGACGAGAUACGGUCGAUGUUGACAAGAUGGUUUGCAAGACGCCGAGUAGAAGCUGCCCAAAUGAGUACAGUUCUUACUAAUGGAGUUGAGAAGCUAUUACAGGAACGGGUUAGACGGGCAAGUUUUUUACAAGUUCAAGAGAUAGAUUCUUAUCACUACGAAGUUAGAAGUGGGACGUCCGUAAAUGUUGUCAAUCUUUCACAAAGGAGAUGUUCUUGUAGAGUGUUCGAUGUCGACAAUAUACCUUGCAUACACGCGAUCGCAGCGGCAGAAAAAGCAAAUGUUUCAAGGAUUUCCAAGUGUGAUCCUUACUUCCGCGUUGAUUACCUACGGCCUGGAAUUAUGCGAAGUCUUUAA